AUGCCCGGUCGCAAAUCAGGGUCGUCAACCAAGGCCACACCCACCCCUGCAAAGACACACAAACGCCAAUUGUCCGGGAACCCCGCUACCGCUACAGAGACUCCAGGGAGUCGGAGUUCGAAAAGACUGAAUGCCUCGGCCUCGGCCAGGAACUCGACAGGCUCCAAGAUCACGCCUACCAAAAGCAAGUAUUUCGAAGAUCCUGACAGUGACGAGGGCGAGAAGCCGGAGACGGCCGACGAGGUCGACAACUCCGGGUACGAGGACGAAGAUGCUUCAGAGACGGAAGAGCCGUCGUCGAGUGAAGAACUCGAGAGCGAGGAUGACUACGACUCUGGAGACGCGGGCGCAAAAAAGCGACGAGGUGCCGGACGGAAGAAGGCCAGUGGUGGUGGUGCCAGGUCCAAGGCUGUCACCACAAUGUCCAAACUCGACGCAGGCACAGAACUUUGGAGACCGGGUGUCAAAACAGGGCUGGGCCCUGGCAAGGAGGUAUUCAUCGAGAAGCCCAAGCCUAGGGGCGAUGGAGGUGUCAGAUACGUCCCCGACAAGAUCCAUCCCAAUACCAUGGCUUUUCUGAAAGACCUCAAGACAAACAACGACAGAGAAUGGCUCAAGAUGCACGACCCUGACUAUCGACAAUCAUGGAAAGAUUGGGAAAGCUUUGUCGAAACGCUGACGGAGAAGAUCUCCGAGCUUGACGAGACAGUUCCCGAACUCCCACCCAAGGACCUGGUCUUCAGGAUAUACCGCGAUAUUCGGUUUUCAUCCGACCCGACCCCUUACAAGCCUCAUUUUUCAGCUGCAUGGUCUCGGACGGGGCGAAAAGGACCCUAUGCACACUAUUACGUUCAAAUUCAGCCCGGAGGCAAAAGUUUCGUCGGCGCUGGACUUUGGAUGCCGGAAGCGCAGCCACUAGCGCUCAUUAGAACUGCCAUCGACAGACGGCCGAAGAAGUUGAGGCGGAUCUUGACGGAUCCUCGGAUGCGGAAGCACAUAUUGGGUGGCAUACCGAACGACGAGAAGAAGGCGAUCGAGGCAUUUGCCGCACAAAACUCUGAAAAUGCCCUGAAAACGAAACCGAAGUCCGCUCGCGUGUCUCCGCCACUGAACGGGUCCCUUGGAUUCAUGGGCUCGACGAAGUCCGUGCAGGCCGCUGCUAUCCUCCUCCGGUCAGCAGUUCAGCUAGCUCCCGCUGCAUGCACUUUGCUGGGAUUUCCGUGA